AUGGCCGCCACCGAACAACCCUACGAUCCCUAUAUCCCCUCGGGCUCCAACGGAGCUCCUGCUGGAGGACAGAAUGGCAAUCAGCGCACUGCCGCCUUGCAAGCACAAAUCGACGAUACCGUCGGUGUGAUGCGCGAAAACAUCAACAAGGUCUCACAACGUGGUGAGAACUUGGACUCUCUCCAAGACAAGACCGACAACCUCGCCGUUUCAGCCCAGGGAUUCCGCCGAGGCGCCAACCGCGUGCGCAAAGAUAUGUGGUGGAAAGACAUGAAGAUGCGCGUGUGUCUAGUCAUCUGCGUGAUUGUUCUUCUCAUUGUCAUUAUUGUGCCUUCCGUGCUUGCGACCAAGCAUUAA